GGCCCUGGAGCUACAACGCUCAGUGUCUAGUGCUAUUAUUGAGGCAAUGGGAUCCAUGUCUUCUAUGAUAUCCCAAACCAUCUCUCAGGCCCUAGCUGCCCAUGCCCCUGGCCCCUCUACUCAGUUGCCUGUACUCACUAACCCGCAGCCUACCAUUGAACCUCCUGCCCAGGAGACCUUGACUGGUGUGAUUCAAGCCACCCAUGAUAGCGCGCUUAGAUCGCGCAAAAGAGCCUUGCCGCGUCAGGCAGAACGGACGCGAAAGUGGAAAUGUGCUAGAGCACAAACUGAUGAUAUAGAUUCGGAUGUAGAAUCUGAUAUGGAGGCUUAUGCGGAGGCAAGCGGCCAAUCUGAAGGGGAGAUGGAAUCUGAAUUUCCAGAUGAUGCUGGCCCUAGGCCUUCCACCUCUGGGUCCGUGGGCGCCUCCGCCACUGCCCCUAACACGGUUUCUACCCUGGUGGACCCCUCAGGCAUCCCAUUAUUUGAUCCUGAUUCCCUCCACCACCCUAGGUCGGCGGAGUGGCUGCCAGUGGCUCAUGUGAGCGAUUACCUGGAACAUUGGGUGCGCCGUCCUCUUAGCAAAGAGGCGCGCAGCAAGCUCCGAGCUGAAUGCCCCAGACCAUUGAUCCCCAACAAGGUCUGUGAUACGCCAUCUGUGGAUCCAAAGAUGACCCAGUUCUUGGCUAAAACCGGCUGGAACCCCUGCAAGGGGUUAGAUUCCGCAAUUAGGAGUUGUCAGGAUAAACUCCUUGACAUCUUUGGCCCCCUCGCCAAAAUUUUUGAGAUGGCCGAAUCGGCCAGAGCGGACGGCUCUCCGAUAGAUCCGGAGGAGCUUACUGGCUGGAUACAGAGGGCCAUUUGUAUCGCGGGCAGCACAAACUCCUCCCUGGCCAUUGAACGGCGUAAAGCCAUUUUGUUUAAAAUUGACCCGAAAUUGGCCAACCUGGCACUCACUGAGUCAGGAAGGGAUGCUCAGGGUCUGCUGUUCGGGGAUUCCUUUAUUAAGGACCUCAGCAGAUACGUAGGGGCAUUUACCGCCCUGGACAAGGCCCAGUCCUCCAUGAGAAGGGUCUUUCAGGGACGGGUCUCCACUAGGGCCGGCAGUAGUAGGGGCCGUCUGUCCGGCCGCUCCAGUUUCCAGGCGGCGCCAUGGUGCUUUACCAAGCUCCUGCGUCCGGUCGUUGCCUGGCUGCGGAGUCGGGGUGUACGUCUAGUCAUCUAUCUGGACGACAUCCUCAUUAUGCAUCAAUGUCAGGCGGCGCUGCUUCGGCACCUUCAAUGGACGUCGGACCUCCUUUCGGCUCUUGGUUUUCUACUGAACCCCGAGAAGUCCUGCCUCACGCCGUCUCGACGGAUGGAAUUCCUGGGCUUCACGGUGGACUCUGUUGCGGAAUCUCUCAGUCUCCCGUCAGAGAAAUUGCGGACGAUCCGCAAGGAAUUGAGACAUGCCCUUUCAGCGUCGUCCCUGUCCCUGCGUCACCUGGCUCGCAUUAUUGGCCUGUUGGCCUCCUCCAUCCAGGCGGUGUUUCCAGCCCCCCUCCAUUAUCGGGCCCUUCAGCGCCUGAAGAUUGCUCACCUUCGUUCCGGGGCCUCGUUCGCGGACAUGGUGGUUCUGGAUCAGGAGGCUCGGGAGGAACUUCGUUGGUGGUUAGACAACUUGGAAGCCUGGAACGGCAGAGCGAUCUUCGGAUUUCAACCGGAAUUCACGAUAGAGUCGGACGCGAGUCUCCUGGGCUGGGGUGCCCACUGCGAAGGUGUCUCCACCGGGGGUCGGUGGUCGGAGGCCGAGAGCCAUCUUCACAUCAACGCUCUGGAACUCCUGACGGGCUCGUUUGCCAUCCGCAGUUUCUCCAAUGGCAUGGCGCAUGCCUGCAUCCGAUUACGUAUGGACAAUGUGUCGGCGGUCCGCUAUGUCAAUCACCUGGGCGGCACCCAGUCGGCUACCUUGGCGCGACUGGCGAAGGAGUUUUGGUCCUACUGUCUCUCCAGGGACAUCAUGGUGCAGGCGGAGUACCUUCCGGGUCUACACAACGUCCGGGCGGAUCGGAGUUCCCGCUGCUUCACGGACGGCAGCGACUGGAGGCUAGCGCCUGAGAUGUUCUCCACGAUCUCGGAUACCUGGGGCCCUUGCGCCGUGGACCUCUUCGCGUCACGGCUCAAUACUCACCUUCCCAGGUUCUUCAGCUGGCGCCCGGAUUCGGAGGCGGAGGCGGUGGAUGCGUUCCUUCAGGACUGGUCUUCGGCUCUGCAAUACUCGUUUCCUCCUUUCGCCAUGAUCCCGAGGAUGCUGCUGCAGGUUCGUCGUCAGGUUGCGGAGUUGGUGGUGGUGAUCCCCUUCUGGGGGACUCAAGCAUGGUACCCGGUUCUCCUGGAACUCCUGACGGACGUGCCUCUCCUCCUUCCGGGUCGGACGGAUCUCCUCCAGGGCCCUCUGGGUGCUCCUCACCCCCUGCUGCUCGACGGCUCCCUUCAGCUCCUGGCGUGCCCGAUCUCCGGACUCCCGGAGAGGUCGCAGGCAUUUCGGAGGCAACUAGACGCCUCCUGGACAACGCUUGGGCUCCCGGCACCCGAAAAUCUUACCGGGCAGCUUGGGUUAGCUGGUGCGUGGAACGGAACCUUGAUCCCGUUUCGGCGCCUGUGACCCAUUUGCUGCAGUUCCUUACAUCCCUUUUUGAGGCGGGAAAGGCUUAUCGGACCAUUAAUUUGUUCCGUUCAGCGAUUUCUUCGACUCAUCAGGGUUUUGAUGGCGUUCCGGCGGGUCAACACCCUUCGGUGUCACGCCUGCUACGUGGAUCGCGCUUGGCUCGGCCUCCUCGGCCUCGCUUCACCACUACGUGGGACGUUUCCCUGGUCCUCUCUUUUCUCUCUGCGUGGCCUGAGAACGUGGCUCUUUCUCUCCGGCAACUGUCUGCCAAGUUGUUGACCCUCUUUUGUCUCAUUUCUUGUAAGAGGGUUUCCGAUGUCAGGGCUUUGGAUCAUGACGCUAGGUCCUUUUCUCCCGAGGGCGUCACGUUUAACAUUACGCGGCGCACUAAGACUAAUAUUCGGUCUGUCUCUUAUCCCUGUUUCCCGUCUUCCCCGGCGCUCUGUCCGGUAGCCUGUUUGCGGGAGUAUGAGUCGCGUACUAGGACUCACCGCUCUGCGGACGUUCCGCAACUGUUCCUCUCCAUCCGCCAUCCUUUUGGCCCGGUGUCUAGUCCCACGUUGGCGCGUUGGAUGAAGUGGGUCAUGUCCCUGUCUGGGAUUGAUACGGCGGUCUUUACCGCUCAUUCGGCCAGGGGCGCGGCUGCCACUGCCCUGGCCGUUUCGGGGGCUCGUUUGGAGGACAUUUUGCGUUUGGCUGACUGGUCUACGGCCGCAACGUUCAGAGAAUUUUAUUUUCGUCCGCCCCCUCAUGUGUUUUCGUCGAUUAUUGAUCAGCUUUGAACUUGCAAUAUGAGCCUCCGUGUCUUGAGGUAAAACUAAAUGAUUUUCCUAUUUCAUGACGUAAAGUCAUAGUUUUAUUAAAGACACGGAGGCGAGUAUUGCCCGCCCUGGGUUGUUCCUGCCCGCCCUUUUGUGGUUUUAAUUUGUUGGACUGUUUACAUUGUCGAUUCUGGUUAUUUAUUACGUAUACUUGCAUAGUUGUAUUGCUGACUGUUUAUGGUUCUGUUUUCAGCGACCUUAUAAUGUACGACCGUUUCCUGGGUCGGUUU